AUGGCUGAACAAUAUAAUACGUUGGGUGCUGCGUUGGUAGAACAAUGGGGCCCCCCUUCUGACGCGGUGCAAGCUUAUGACGAAGAGAUCAACGAGCAUGUAACGAUUCGGAUAUACGCGCCUGCUUGCCAAAAGAAAGCACUGCCCGUGGGCGUAUACUACCAUGGCGGAGGGUAUAUGGCCGGCUCUCCGGCCCUCGAGGAUCCCAUCUGCCGCAUCAUCUCAGAGCAGACACCCUGCAUCAUUGUCAGCGUUGACUAUCGGCUAGCUCCCAAGUACAAACUCCCCACGGGAAUCGACGAUGGUUAUGACGCAUUUCUGUGGGCAUACGAAAACGCCUCUAAGCUAAAUGGCAACCCAUUCGCAUACUUCGCUAUCGGAGGGUCCGCUGGAGGCGGGAUUGCCCUCUCGGUCACAGAGAAACUGAUUCGAAACGGGAAGCGCAGUCUCAUACAAGGCGUAGUUGCUCUAAACCCCAUCACUUCACAUAUGGACAACCCACCGGCAAAGUACAAAGAUAUCUAUAAAUCUUACUCGGAGAAUGCAUCGAAUGUCCCCCUGAUUGACCGUCAUUGCAUGGACGUCUCAUUCGGCAAUUCUGGCGUCCAGCCAGACGAUUCGCUCGUCUUCGUGACCCUGUCGUCCAAUCUGUCGUCAUUCCCACCGGUCUAUAUUGCUACCUGCGAGAAGGAUAUCCUCCGCGACGACGGCGUUGUCCUCGAGCACUUGCUUCAGGAUGCCGGUGUGAAGGUGAAACGCGAGCAUUAUGCCCGCUUUCCACAUUAUUUUUUCGUUUUCCCAUCGGUGAAAGCCUCGCUCACCUUUAUACUGAAUGCGGUGCAGGGGAUCAAAUUUGUUCUGAACCCGGACAUUAUGCCAUCACCCCAGCGAACGACAGAGCACCUCCUCGGAGAGCAUACUUCCACGAACCGCGAGAGUGCCGUCGCCAACGAGGCGGAUUCGUCAAAAAAACGAGAUCACAUCACCAACACAUCGCAUGAUGCAGGCUAUGAUCAAACCAGCAGCAAUAGAACCGGCAUAGACUCAGAUACUCGUCUCGAUACUCCUCAUCCAGACUCAAUCCCAAAUCCAGCUCCGACGCAGCCGGAUACAGAAUUUGCAGAUGAAGAAGAACAAGAUGAACAACCAGAAGAAGACGACCCUUUUGGUUUGGAUGACACUGACAGUACUCGGACUGCGUCCACGGCCUCGAUUACAUCCAGUAUCACAAGAUAUCGCUGGGAGAAUGGCCGAAGGUAUCACGCCUACAAAGACGGGGUGUAUUGGGGCCCCAAUGACGAACAGGCAGCCGAGCAUCUAGACAUCGCACAUCACCUUUUUCUUCUCAGUUUUGACAAUAAGCUGCACCUGGCACCUAUUGGCAAAAACCCCCAGCGAGUAUUGGAUAUAGGCACUGGAACGGGCAUCUGGGCAAUGGAUUUUGCAGAUCAAUACCCCUCGGCGCAGAUUAUUGGCACCGACCUGUCGCCCAUCCAGCCUACGUGGGUUCAACCCAAUCUCAAAUUUGAGAUUGACGAUGCAGAGGAUGAAUGGAUGUGGCAAAGAGACAGCUUCGAUUACGUCCACGUCCGCUGCAUGUUCGGAUGCAUAGCUGAUUGGCCCAGGUUCUACCAACAGGCAUUGAGACACCUUAAACCCGGUGGGUACUUUGAACAGAUCGAGUUUGCUCCUGGCUUCAAGUCUGAUGACGGCUCACUCGACCCCAACUCGCCCUACGGCACCUGGCAUGAUAUUGGCGUCGAGGUCGGGCGCAAGAUGGGGAGGUCUUUCGAGACUAUGUACGAGAUGGCAGACAUGAUUUCUGAUGCCGGAUUCACGAACAUCCACGAGAAAAGGUACAAAUGGCCCAUUGGGACAUGGAAACGGAGCCGAGCCGACAAAGUACUUGGCGCAUGGGUGCGGUUUCACAUUGAGCAAGGUCUGGAAAACUGGUCGAUGGCUGUUCUAACGAGGUUCAUGGGUUGGAGCAGAGAGCGAGUUCUACUGGAAAUCGCGUUGGUCAAGCAGGACUUGAAGCGAGACGACAUCCAUGGGUACCAUGAGAUGAGGGUUGUUUAUGGACAGAAGCCGAGAGAUUAG